AUGUCUACUACAAGUCCAAUUUUCUUAAUAGUAAUAAUUUUGCUUCUUCUCUUUGUCCUCUAUUUCUCCACACUAAAUAAUCAUUCCAUCAUCACAUUUUCCUCUCAACAAGCAGUCCUCACUCCUGUUACUCAUCAUGUUCAUAAGAGAAAGAAGUGUAGUGUAGAAGAAAUUGAAGAAGAUUUAGGGAGAGCAAGAGCAGCUAUUUGGCGAGCUAUUCGUUCCAAAAACCAUACUUGUUAUAAAGAAGAUCAAAAUUUCAUUCCAAGUGGAUCUAUAUACAGAAAUUCAUAUGCCUUUCACCAGAGUUAUAUCGAGAUGGUGAAGAGAUUUAAGGUUUGGACAUACAAGGAAGGGGAUUUGCCUAUUGUACACAAUGGACCUAUGAAAGAGAUAUAUGCAAUAGAAGGUCACUUUAUUAGUGAAAUGGAGAGUAGUAGUAAAGGGGAAAAAAGACUACCUUUAUUGGCUUCCCAUCCUGAUGAAGCUCAUGCAUUUUUUUUACCAAUAAGUGUAGCAUAUAUUGUUCAAUAUCUUUUCAUUCCAGGCACCAAUCAUAUUUUCAGAGCAAAACUACAAAGGAUAGUUGAGGAUUACAUUCAUAUAAUCUCUAACAAGUAUCCUUAUUGGAAUAGAACCAAUGGUGCUGAUCAUUUCAUUCUUUCUUGCCAUGACUGGGCACCAGACAUCUCCAGUGGAAAUCCAAAACUGUUCAAGAACUUCAUUAGAGUGUUAUGCAAUGCCAAUACCUCAGAAGGAUUCCAACCCAAAAGAGACAUUUCAUUGCCUGAGGUGUAUGGAUUAGCCAACACCCAUAAUCUUGCACCCCCUGACCUAGGAUUACACCCAAAAAAUCGCCCUAUUCUUGCCUUCUUUGCUGGUGGAGCACAUGGAUACAUUAGACAAACUUUGAUUCAACACUGGAAAGGUAAAGAUGAUGAUAUUCGAGUACACGAGUACCUCCCAGUGGGUCAAAAUUACACAAAUUUAAUGGGACAGAGCAAGUUUUGUUUAGCUCCUAGUGGAUAUGAAGUUGCAAGUCCAAGAAUUACUGAAGCCAUUUAUGCAGGAUGUGUUCCUGUCAUAAUUUCAGAUAAUUAUUCCUUGCCAUUUAGUGAUGUUCUUGAUUGGAGUCAAUUUUCAGUCAGUGUUCCAGUUGAAAAAAUCCAAGCAUUGAAGACAAUAUUGAAAGGAGUUUCUCGUCGUAAGUACUUGAAAAUGCAGAAAAGAGUGAGGAGAUUGCAGAGGCAUUUCAAGUUGCAUCGACCUGCUCAGCCCUUUGAUGUAAUCUACACACUACUUCACUCAGUCUGGUUAAAGAGACUUAAUCUUAGACUGACUACUAAUUGAUCAAAAAACUUGCCACACAAAUAUUUUUUCAAAAGUGUCUGAUAAGAACAUUGUAUCAUGUGUUCAAAGGCUCAAUUAGAACAAGUCAUAAUUUGAAUGUCUAAAUGAAAUUUACUGAUACCUUUAAGGAUCUAUCCAUGUAUCAAGAAAAAAUUUUGUUUUUGUCUUUAGACACUUCAUUUUUCAUGUUAGUAUAUGUAAAUUGUAUCCGAUGAAACGAGUUCAAUGGAAAGAUA